CUGGCUUCACAUCACAUAACUAACCAUCUCUCUCCUCAGUCCUCGUCGCCACCCAAAAUAGAAGGAAACCUAAAAAAUGCACCCCUCUCCCACUUUGUUUCUCCUCCUCGUCGUGGCCGCGUCCCUUCCCCUCGCUCGCUCUACUUCACCAGAUCACUUUUUCAAGCCAUCCUCGCCACCUCGCUCACCAUCGCUCUCACCCGAACCCGAACCCGAACCCGAACCUAAAGAAUACUUCGAACUCACCCAUCCUCUACCGGGCGAUCGUUUGACCCCAUCAUGCGUGCUCCAAACCAUCAACCAUUCAUUUGCCAAUACAAUCAACAAACCUCCUUUCUCCACCCCAUACUACCCACCACUCGACUGCCCCCCUCCUUGGUCCCACGUUACCCUCGAAUUCCACGUCAAAUCCAAAGGUGACCAAUACGAUCGCGUCUCCGCCUUAUGGCUCGGUGGCUCCGAGCUCCUCCGCACCAGCACCGCUGAACCCGAAGAACACGGUAUCUUCUGGAAUGUUCGGAAAGACAUCACCAAGUACUCCUCUCUCCUCGUACAAAACUACCUCAACUUCACUCUCAUGCUCGAAAACAUCGUUAACGAUAUCUACACCGGCGUUUACCAUGUUAAUGUCACUCUCUACUUCUACAAAGAUAACGCAGUCAAGGUUCCUUUGACCGGUAUAAAUCAAAAUCUGAUUGCCCCAGUUUUACAAUCACCCUUGUUUGGAGACAAGAGCAUGUAUGAUCCACCAGCUGAUUUGAUAAUUCCGAUUUCAGCAUCCGAUAGCACAAAGGGUUAUUGGUUUAUAAUAGAGAGUGAAUUGGAUGUUAAAUUUGAGAAGGUUAGAUUUCCGUUGAAUACACGGAAAGUCGUUUUGGAAUUAUAUGUGUCGUUUCAUGGGAAUGACGAGUUUUGGUAUUCGAAUCCGUCGAAUUCUUACAUUAGAAUGAAUAAUCUGAGCACUCCGCGGGGUAAUGGCGCGUUUAGGGAGGUCUUUGUUACAAUUGAUGGGAAAUUAGUGGGAUCAGAAAUGCCAUUUCCGGUUAUCUUUACCGGAGGGAUUAAUCCUUUGUUUUGGGAACCGGUUGUAGCGAUCGGUGCUUUUAAUUUACCUUCGUAUGAUUUUGAUUUGACGCCCUUUUUAGGGAUGCUUUUAGACGGGAAAGAUCAUGUUUUUGGUAUUGGAGUUACGGAUGGGAUUGAGUAUUGGCUUGUUGAUGCUAAUUUGCACGUUUGGUUGGACACAGCUUCCACGGUUGUUGAAGCUAAGAAUGUUGUGAAUAUUAAUCCUGCGUCGGAAAUAAGUCGUAGGGAAGGGUUUCAAUCACUUGAUGGAUCGUUUGAGAUUAAGGCAGAGAAGUUUACACGAUUGGAGGGGUGGGUUAAGUCGAGUUCAGGGAAUUUGACUACUAGAAUUACGCAGGAGGUUAGGCUUAGGAGCUCGAUAAGGUUCAGAGAGAAUGGAUCUUAUAAGGCUGUUAAACAGAGUAUCAAGGUGAGAAGAGAAGCGAAAGUGUUGAAUGAUGUGGGUGGAUUGGUUAGUCGUGUUAUUGUUAGGACAAAGUAUCCUCUCAAAGUGAUUACUGUGACUCUUCCUGGACUGAAGAACGAUACUUAUAUUCUUGUUACUAAUGUUACCCAUGAAGUGAAUGAGAGGAUAAGAAUUGGGAAGUUGUCGAGCCAUGUUAAUAACAAACAGGUUUCUAAUGGUUGGAUGGAGGUUAAGGAUCAUUCUGUUCUUUCAGGUGAAGUUAUGACUAAUCAAACUUACGUUUGCAGGGAUGAGUUUGGUUGCUAUGUCAGGACUGUUGCAGCAUUGAACGGAACACUCAUCAAAGACGAUUCUGCCAAUGUCUGUCCAUCUGUUAAGUAAUGUAAUUUGACUCUGUUGAUUCUAAUGUUUGUUUCACUUGUUUUGAAAUUCAAAAUAAUCUUUCAUUUCUGCAGUUGUACAUGUCCGUCUGUUCGUUAAUAGAAAUUUCUGAUCUCAAUUUCAUUGCAAA